ACUUGCUUGAGCUGGCAGUGCUCGCAGCUGGUUGUGGGUAUCUUUGGUUGUGUAGCAUUUUGCUUGUUGAUCGCUGAUGCCUUGUGGUUGGUUGGCUUCCCGCGACAGUGCUGGCAGUGCUUCUGUUGGCGUGACGAAGACUGUUCUCUCAGCUAACCGUGCUGGCCCAAGCGGCCCAAGCUCGAUCUAUGUUGCCUCACGAUUGUCAAGCUUCUUUUCCACGUUUUCCACAAACUGCUUGCGCAACGACGGUUGGUAUUGGGGCAGCGGCAAGAGACUGUGAAGCUUGCAGUUUGACUGGAAUUUGAUUCUCGUGGCCCAAGCAGUGGCUCGGCCCGCACAGACAGCCCAACAUGCAGAAUGUCACAGCGUUGGGGCCGAAGAACCCAUGGACGGCCAACCUGCUAAGUGCGCUGGGCGUUAUGCACUUCACCAACGACGAAAUCAAGGAGUAUGCGAUGCGGUGCCAUGCUGCUUCUUAUUCUCGCAGACGUUCGACACAAUGGUGGGCGAGGCGCAGUGCAUUCAAAAGAUACGAAUGUUCGAGCUGAUCAAGGCGGCCUAUGGGUUUGAGCCCAUGCCAGAGGAGAUGGGCUUGCUCGUCAACACCUUUCAUCUAGAGGAUGAUGCAGGCGAUCUUUCGUGGCCGGAGCUAGAGGCAGGCUUUGAUGAGAUUCGCGAGAUCCUGUCAGGCGUGUCGAAGAACGCAACCGAGUACACAUCUGUUGAUGACUACCGGACUGAUGUGAUGAAGCAUCGCCGAAUGAUGAAAGACCCCAUGGACAAAUUCAAGGCUCCUAUGACGGAGUCAAUGUCCAUCGGUUGGCACGAAGAAGAGGUGUUCAACGAGCGCUUCCCUAAGCAGUCUUGCGCGGAAACAAGGUAUGCAGACGAAAUGGUGAGGUCCAAGUUGGAUCCGUUCUGAUGUACGUUGCAUCAUGUUUCACCCUAAUAGCAACUUGGCACGUUCUUCAAGGUGGACCCACCUCGACCUUGGAACAAGCAAGAGCCUGGGUGAUGUUCAAUGAGUUGAAACCAGUGACUGAACAUCAUGUCGUUGGAGGUGAAAAUGUUUGCUGCAACGCGCGAGUUGGGCGUGGAGCAUGAGCUUGGAUCUCCGCGAGGCUGCAGUUUGACGG